UCUCCAUGACAACCGACAUCAGGGCGCAGAGGUGAGAGCUCUGGGCCAGCAGCGGGCCAAGUGACCUGGAGGAGCGGUUUUUGUCAUUAAGAGUCUGGGGGUGGAUCAUGGCGGCCAGACAGCUCCGCUUUCAAUGGCGAUUGGGAAAAGGGCUUUUGUCUUAGAGCAAAGGAAACAGCCGUGCUUGUGAGGAUCCAAACAUUGCUCCCUCAGCACUGGGGAGGAGAUCCCGGAAUUCUUCUUGGGCGAGCUGUGGGAUGCGCCUGCGGGGGCCCCCUCGAACGCAAGGAAGAUGCUGCAGACGAGUAAUUACAGCCUGGUGCUCUCCCUGCAGUUCCUGCUGCUGUCCUACGACCUUUUUGUCAACUCCUUCUCAGAGCUGCUUCGCAUGGCUCCAGUCAUCCAGCUGGUGCUCUUCAUCAUCCAGGAUAUUGCAACCCUCUUCAACAUCAUCAUCAUUUUCCUCAUGUUCUUCAACACCUUCGUCUUCCAGGCCGGCCUAGUCAGCCUCCUGUUCCACAAAUUCAAAGGGACCAUCAUCCUGACUGCUGUGUAUUUGGUCCUCAGCAUCGCCCUGCAUAUCUGGGUCAUGAAAUUGCGCUGGAAAAGCUCCAAGCUCUUCAUCUGGACAGAUGGACUUCAAACGCUGUUUGUGUUCCAGAGACUAGCAGCGGUGCUGUACUGUUACUUCUACAAACGAACGGCCGUGAGACUGGGCGACCCACGCUUCUACCAGGACUCUCUGUGGCUGCGCCAGGAGUUCUCGCAGGUCCGAAGGUGACAGUCCACCACCACACUGAUGGAUCCCUGUCCAGGUCUUCAGCUCCGGAGGGAGGGCAGUUGCCCUCUGCACCAGGAAGCCCUGGCUUUUGCUGAGCUGGGCUCAGGCCAGCUGUGGCCAGCAGUCAAGAUGCAAGCGCCUCCCUCUUGCAAAUUUUAAGUGUUCCCCCACGGAGAGCCUAGCCCUUCUGCAGCCUCAGUUCUGCCCCCUUCCUCAGAGUCCCUGUCACUUCCUUCACCACACACGGGAGAGACUGAAGGACACGUGCAGUGCAUCCAAGCCCCUUCCGGUGCGGCCCUCAGACAUUAAGAUUAUCCAAAGCUCUUUUUUUGUGUGUGUGUGUGUGUGAACAUUUUAUAAAUACAGGAAAUAAAUUGAAGUUGUUUCCAUA